UACUGGGCAGACCAUCUCCCCUCACGCUGUCCGGGCCACGAGCAUAACUCGGUCCCGCCGCCGCGAGGAAGUUCCCCUCGACGCUGAGAUCAGUUAAGGCGAUGCUGAAUAACUGCAGCGCCUUCCCCAUCCCCGCGUUCACACCAGGCGUGACCACCACGCACAGACAGUUUGACAGUGAAAGGCAAGGAGUGUUAUAGUGUCAACUAUAGCGAAAGGCAGAGUGUAACUCGUGUCCCUGGGAGGUGCAGCGGGGGACCCACAAUACACCACCUGCUGAGCCAACCACAUUACCACUGCUACCGUCCGGCCUACGUCGCUCAACCUCUGCCAGGUCAUCAAUACCACGGGAACUACUGAUGGUCUAACUACACAGGCGAUCGAGUGUUUGCAGUACCGAACCAAGUCCUCUAGUCAACCUUAGUCGUCAGCGCCCACAGGCACAGGCCCGCUUGAGGAUGCCGAGGGCCUUUCUACUCACUAACAACCGCUACUCGCCUGACGACCCUCCGCCAGAAUCCACCCUUGAGGAUCUUUCUGCAGCUCCUCCCGCGGACUCGCCGGGUGUCGAACUUCCUCCUACGCCGACCUCCACGCCCUCGCCGACCGCAGGUAUGGGAGAGGCGAGUGUGAUGUACAACGUCCCGGGGACGGUGCCCCCCAUGUCGCCGCCGCAGGGCGAGACCCCCUGGCCGCCCUCACCCGCGGGGCCUCACGACUCCCUCACGCUGCUCGCUGACAUCGCCCUUGUGUGCGCUGACAAGCCCUGGCUGGCGGCCUUGCGACCCGAAGACCUUCCCGCCCGCUACACCACGCCUACGCCUGCUCCAACGCCCACACCCGUCAGAGACGCAACCACACCCGUCCUCGAACUGGACGCCCACACCACCAUCAUCACGGUCGCGCCUCAGGCGGAGCAGCCCCUCAACCUGAGCACCAGCCCCCCUCGAAGCCCUGCCCCCGCAGCGCCCACGCCCCCUUCCACCCCUCCUCCACCUGCCGUCCGGGACGCCCACGUGUGUCCUGAGUGUGGCAGAACUUACUCGACGUCGUCCAACCUCGCCAGGCACAGGCAGACUCACCGCUCGCCGGACGACAAGCGCGCAGCUCGCAAAUGUCCGUAUUGCGAUAAGGUGUACGUGAGCACGCCCGCCUUCAGCCAGCACAUGCGCACCCACAACCAGGGUUGCAAGUGCCCCACCUGCGGCAAGUGCUUCUCCCGCCCCUGGCUGCUGCAGGGACACAUCAGGACACACACAGGAGAGAAGCCCUUCCGGUGCAGCAUGUGUGGGAAGGCUUUCGCCGACAAAUCCAACCUUCGCGCACACGUGCAGACUCACUCCAGCGUCAAGCCUUUUGCCUGCACGCGCUGUGGCAAAU